AUGCAACGCGAAAUCGAAGGUUGCGGAACUAGAACUUGGUUGCUAUCACAUAUUUUGGCGCGCGUUCGGCGUCCUAAGAGUGUAGCGGGUUUGGAACUGUAGAUUGUUGUGAUUGCGUGUUCCAUUUAUUUCUAGUCUUCAUUGGUCGAUCAUCUGAUUGCUCCGGUUUAAUGCUCAUAUUUUAUUGACUGUUACUGAUCGCUUUCAUUGAGAAGUGCAAAUGUAUGUAUGGAAGUAUACAUAUUGCUUACUAGUUAUCUGAUCUGUCGGCUAACAUUUUCCCAACUCAUUUUCUUCUUUGAGAGUCUUUCUUCACACUCUUUCAACAACAGAGCCUUAGGGCUCGGUUAGGAUCUAUCAGCGCUUUGAAUUUACCAAAAUAAUCGCCUCUGUAUUUAGAGGUAAUCUCUCAGAAUAUUCCUGAUUGAUGAUUGUUGCAACAAUCAUUUAAAAAAACAUAACUGGAAGGUUUUUUGUGAGUUUUAACUUUUGAGAUGAACUUCUCGGAUGUGGUAAAGGUUACGAAUAGUUUGGCUGUUUUGUCGUCAAACGGUAUUUACAUUGCUUCCGGUUCUCAGCACAAAGUUUUUAUUCGUAUAACAAACACGCUACAAAUAUUUCAGAUAUACAGUUGUGUAGAUAUAGUGCAGAACAUAUUGUGGUCAGCAGACUCAUUGUUCAUUCUGAUUAUCCUGAAACAUCGUGGCAUAGUGCAGAUAUUCUCCCUAGAAAAUCCGGACUGGACAUGCAAAGUUGACGAGGGUUCUGCUGGACUUCUUAAUGCCAUAUGGUCGCCUGAUAGCAGACACUUCUUGACAACAACUGAUUUUUAUUUGAGGAUAACCGUUUGGUCAAUAUCGGAAGUCUCCGUUUCGUAUCUAAAGUUUCCUAAAGCAUGUGCAAAUAAUUUGGCAUUUUGUCCUAGUGGUCGUUAUUUAACUUUGCUUGAACGACGGAAUUUUCAAGAUCACUUAAGUCUCUUCGAUUGCAGACUUCAGUGGACUAUUCUUUGGAACAUAACGUUAGAAACUGAUGAUGCCGUGGGAGUUGUGUGGUCUCCAGAUGGACGCUAUAUCCUCGUGUACGAUAACUGCUUGCGAUACAAAGCAUCUAUAUACAGUGUUGGUGGAAAACAUCUCAAUACAUAUUGUGCUUAUAAACCAACACAAGAGCUUCUGGGUAUAAAAUCUGUAUCAUGGUCCCCCACAGGGCAAUUAUUAGCGCUGGGGAGCUACGAUCAAAAAUGUCGUUUAUUAAAUGAUUUCAAUUGGACUUGUUUAGCUUGUCUAAAGCAUCCUGUUAACAAACCAAUCGAUCCUUCUCUCGGACUCAGUCCUAAUGGCCGUCCUUUGUGUGUUGAUAAUGAAGUUGAUGGGGAUUUAGAAGCAUAUCGGGCACACCGUAUUGAUAUUUAUGAAGAGUUUCGAACAGGUGCUUCAUCGGAUUUAUCAACCAAUUUUAAAGGUCCCCUAGAUUCAUCUACUGUCCAGUACAAACUACUAAAUGAUCCUGUUACCAUUCAAUCAAUUAAGCCUGAUCCUAACCAAGCAUUUCCUAAGGUAGGAAUUGGUUUGACAGAAUUUUCAUCAGAUGGUCGAUUUUUGGCCACACGAAACGAUAAUUGUCCGAGCGUAAUUUGGAUCUGGUCAAUUGAUCGACGUCUAAGUCUAUUUAGUCUUCUAAUUCAUACUAGUGGUUGUGUAUCCUCUCUGAUGUGGGAUCCGAGGUGUUCUGCUCGACUUGCUUUGUGUACAGGUUCAGAUGCAGUAUUUUUGUGGACACCUCAAGGAUGUCUUGCAGUCCAGGCCCCAACACACUUCAACUUUCUAGUUUCGUCCCUCGUCUGGCUUUCGACUGGAGACGGAAUUCUAUUACAGUCGGAGAAUGAAUUUUGUCUAUGCUAUCUAGAUUCUGGUGAUAAGCUUGAGAAACAUAAACCUCUUUGGAAGCCUCCUAAAAUCAAUUUGUCGACUGGAAAAUUGCAUCAGUAUGAAAUAAAAAGAAGUUCUGAAAAUGAACCCGAUCAUUGUCUGCCGUUUAAUAAUUCUGUUGAAAAUGAGGACUGUGAUUCUAUUUCUAACCCAUUUGGUGAAGAUGCUCCAAAUUGGCUAAAACAACACAGAAGAAUUUAUUUGAAAAUUACAUUUUCAAGAGUUUUCUAACUGGUGAAAUGUAUUAUUUAGCGAACCACGUUUUGUCAUUGUAAUGGACGCUACUGAUAAGGAUGUUUGUAAGUAUUGCGUAGCUGACAUGGUGUCGAAUUUGUGACAACUGAGAAAACUUCCAAUGCACUGGAAGCAUGGAAUUGGCAGAACACUUAGAGACCAGACGGGAAGACAGUUCAGAUGGCAGAAAACACCGAAAGAUACUAAUCGACUAUUGAAGGUUAUGUAUAUGUAUUGUGUAAAUACUUUGUAACUUCUCGCAAUAAACACAUAUUUCUCUUGACUGUUGAGGUGGUUUACAAUGUAGCAACUAGUUUGGAAGAUUUACGCCAGUCAUCUGAACUGAUUUCACGAGAUAUUCAACAAGAUCUAUUUGUAUGUUAAUUACGAAUGACUGGAAUGAGGAAGGUGGUUCUAGGAACAUACUCUGAACAUCUGGCUUUGGUUUGUUCAAGUGAAUCCCAUUAACUUCGGUUAUAUGUAAAUAACGAACUUUCAUGCUGAGGAUAAUAUGUUUAUUAGCUAAUGAAGACAUUCUUAACAUUUGAACAGUUGUAGCUGGAUCUAAACCAUGAAAAGCGACAGCAGCCGCUGCUGCAGCUGUCAAAUCAGGAAUAUCUUGUUUAAUAGAAUUUGUUGUUUUAGUUGUUGACAUUAUUGAUGG